CAUUCAAUUUAGGUGGCAAAUACAGAAGCAAACAAUACAGGUUACAACACAGUCUCUGCCUGCUGCCCCAUUUAUGAGCAUCACCACCCCAUCUUCUUUCUCCCUUCCAACAAAAUUAUUUAAUUCCAUUUCACAAACUUAGAUUUCAAUGGAAGGCGUUUCAGUCAGCGUUUACAAUGGCCUGAGGCGUUACUUGAGGAGGAAAAGCUACCGGAAACUGGCUGGUUCCGUGGGCCGUAAGACGGAGACCGUGCAACUAGGGGCCGCUGGAGGGAGGCGGCGGCGGCGGAUUUGGCGGAUCAAGAUCUCGCCUAAGCUCAGGUUGUUCCGGCGCCUGCCGUCACUCAAGAAACUGCUUCUAUGGCUGAGGGAUUCUUAUGUCAGGGCGAUGUUAGCAUUUGCAAACUCGAGGGUCAUCGGCUCCGGCAGCGGCGGCGGCGGCGGCGAUGGGAUCUGGGCCGGCGCCGGAAGGAGCACGUUGAAGGAGUAUGAUGAAAAAAUGAUCACUGAGAUCUACAAGUCGUUGGUGGUGGCGCAGGGACGAUUGCCUCCGCCGGAAUCUGUCCGGCCGAGUUGGGGUGGCGGACGGUUGCCAACGGUGGCGGAAUAAUCCGCUGGACAUUAUUGGGUAUGGAGAUGGACGGUAAGGAUCCACCGUAUAAGGAGAAGAAAAUCCUAUCCGCUGAUAUUUUUUUUUCCUUUUUACCCUUCUUUUUCCCCCUUUUUUCUUUUUUGCCCCCCAACUUUGAAGUGUAAUAUCAAAUUUAGGAAUUAAUUGAAUUAUUACCUGGUUGUUAUUAUAGUAAAAA